AUGGCAACAUCUCCUCAGACUGCUCCAUCACAGAAUUUUAUUGAAAAGACUCCAGACUCUCUACAACAACCUCCAGAAGCCGCAACAUCGUUGAAUUCAAAACCACCAGCUUCAUCUCCGCCUGCAUCGCCACCACCAAAGUCACCACCACCGGCUUCUCCUCCACCAGCUCCUCCAACAUCACCACCACCGGCUUCUCCUCCACCAGCCCCUCCAACAUCCCCUCCGCCUUCUCCUCCAGCCUCUCCACCUCCUGUCCCGUCAAAUUCUUCUCCUCCCCCUGCCACCACCUCACCUCCCAAAGAGUCUCCACCCCCUUUACCCCAUUCCCCACCCCCAAAGGAACCAACUCCAACCACGUCACCUCCUCCCCCAUCGACCACUCCUUUAUCUCCGCCUCCUCCAACUCAUACCGCUCCCGGUUCUCCUCCUGCACCUCUCUUCUCUCCGCCCCCUCCAACAGCUGUUUCACACACACCUCUAUCUGGCCCUUUUACCCCGCCUCCUCCUUCACAUUCAGCACCAACUAACAAGCCGUCAGGUUCUUCAGGAGGCUCUGGUCAUUCGCCACCACCGUCUGAUUCCUCAAAUUCCACAAAUGUAGCAAUCAUUGCUGGAAUAGCUGUUGGGGGAGUCGUAAUUCUUGCCAUACUCAUUAUAUGCCUAAUAUGGUCAAGGUCGAGAAGAGACAAGAAACAGAUGUAUUACAUGAGCCCCGGACAUCCGCCCAAAGGUACAGAGAUGUACUUCCAAACUUCCACACAAUGGAAUAGUCCCCAGCCUAUGGAACACAUUGUUAAGAUUCCUCUAUCACCAGGUGUUAUGGGAACGCCCAUAGGCCACAUUGGGGGCUGGGCGGCGGCACCGCCAACUCAACCAGUACCGGCAAAUAGCAGCAGUGAGUUUAGCUCCGGUUUCUCAGGGCAGCAUCAGACUCCUAGGCAACCUCCAUCUCCCAACGUGGGUGGUAUUAAUGGCUUUACCAAAAGCCAAUUCACUUAUGAAGAACUAGCAGCCGCGACGGGAGGAUUUUCUCAGGCCAAUUUGUUAGGACAAGGUGGAUUUGGGUUUGUGCACAAAGGUAUCUUACCUGAUGGAAAAGAAGUGGCGGUUAAGAGUCUCAAAUCCGGUAGUGGACAAGGAGAAAGAGAAUUCCAGGCUGAGGUUGAAAUCAUUAGUCGUGUCCAUCAUCGCCACCUUGUGUCUCUCGUUGGAUACUUUGUUGCUGAUUCACAGAGAAUGUUGGUAUAUGAAUUUGUCCCCAAUGGGACCUUGGAGUUCCACCUUCAUGGAAAGGGUCAACCAGUUAUGGAUUGGGCAACUAGGCUUAGAAUUGCAUUGGGAUCUGCCAAGGGGCUUGGUUAUCUGCAUGAAGACUGUCACCCACGAAUUAUCCACCGCGACAUCAAAGCAGCAAACAUUCUCCUUGACUACAAUUUUGAAGCCACAGUGGCAGACUUUGGAUUGGCUAAGCUCACUUCAGAAAAUUACACUCACAUCUCCACACGUGUCAUGGGAACGUUUGGGUAUUUGGCUCCUGAAUAUGCAUCAAGUGGCAAGCUAACAGAAAAAUCUGAUGUUUUCUCAUAUGGAGUGAUGCUAUUGGAACUCAUAACUGGGAGGAGACCUGUUGAUCCUACAGGCAAAAUUAUGGAAGACAGCUUAGUAGAUUGGGUUCGUUCUCCAUUCUUAUAUCACGCUAGGCCGCUUCUAUUAAAAUCCGUAGAAGAUGGAAAUUACAGUGAACUAGUGGAUCCACGUCUUCAAGGUAACUAUGGUCCCCAAGAGAUGGCUCGUAUGGUAGCCUGUGCUGCUGCCUGUAUACGCAAUUCUGCAAGACGGCGUCCUAGGAUGAGUCAGAUUGUACGCACUUUGGAUGGAGAUGCAUCGUUAGAGGACUUAAAUGAUGUUGGGAAAACAGCCCACGGAACGCCCUAUAAUAAUCCAACUGGGAACACUGAAACUUAUGACACUGGAGCCUACAAUGCUGACAUGAUGAAGUUCAGGAAGAUGGUGAUGUCAAGCCAAGAAUUUCCAAGUAGCGAAUAUGGAGAAACAAGUGAGUACGGGCUUAAUAUAUCCUCAUCAAGUGGUGACUCCAGAGAGUUGCCUAAUCCGAUCUCCCCCCAAGAGGCAAAAACUGUAGGAAAACAUGACUACUGA